UCUGUCCGAUGCUGCUGACGGAGCUGUCCGCCGCUGCUCCACCUCACUUUCAUAUCUGACGUCUUCAUAUUCCUCUGUGGAUCUGUGAUCAGACAUUGAUCUUCAUCAUCAUCAUCACUCCAUCAGUAUGCAUCCAUAAAGGUGUGUGUGAGAUCGCAGCAUGCAUUCGGUCCAGGCAGGGAUGUGGGACCCCCGGCCCCUGUCUAAACAUGCCUCACCCCUCCCCCCGCGGCCCCCCUCCAACUUACACCCCGCCCAUGUGACCACAGCCAUCCCGGCUAAGCGGAUCACAUUCUACAAAAGCGGCGACAGCCAGUUUGGGGGCGUCAGGAUGGCCAUCCACAAGCGCAGCUUCAAAUGCUUUGACGCCCUGCUGGAUGACCUUUCCCAAAAGGUGCCUCUGCCAUUUGGCGUGCGGACUGUGACCACUCCUCGUGGCACCCAUGCCAUCAAACACCUGGAGCAGCUCCAGGAUGGCGGCUGCUACGUCUGCUCUGACCGGCGCCAUGCGAAGCCAGUCAACAUGGAGCUGGCCAGCAAACGCCCGAGCAUCUGGUACCAUCACAGCCGGAGGCCUCAGCGGCCCGAAUCCUCAUCCGCAACACCACCAGGCCAUUUCUCUUACAGGCAGCGGCGGAUACUGCUGGUUAAAAACAGCGAGCCAGGGAUGAGGAGGAGUGUGGUGCUGAGCAGGAGGUCAACCAGGAGUCUGAGGGCCUUUCUUGAUGAGGUGUCUGAGGUGAUGCAAUUUCACGUUCGCAAGCUCUACACUGCAGAGGGACGCAGGAUUGACAGUGUGCAAAGCCUGAUGACUUGUCCUGGCGUGUUGGUGUGUGUUGGCCGGGAAGCCUUCAGCCCAAUGCUAGUAAACUUUAUUAGGAAGAGCUCAGAAGAAAAACUGCCUGGUCUCGGCCCCAGGACUCCUGGUAAUGGGGCCCGAUCUCCUGCUACUCAAGGAGCAAGAUCCCCACCUCACGGAGCUCAGUCCAGAGCCAGCCAGUACAGCGAAGGGCAUGAAAGCAAGAAAAAUGUUAACUUUGGUCUGGAAACCAAAAAAAGCAUCAUCCACCCUCGUUCAGAUUCCUCAAACCGCUCCACCCGUUUCUCCUUGUCUUCAGAGAAGUCAUACGGCAAUGGUGUAAGCUCUUACUCUCAGAACAGACCAGCUAUUAUGAACGACGACAUUGAAAAGCGAGUCCUGGUCAAUAAAGAUGGCAGCCUCUCAGUGGAGAUGAGGGUGCGUUUUCGCCUACACAAUGACGAAACCCUCCAGUGGUCAACACAAGUUAAAAAAUCUCCAUCUCUCACCAAUGAAUGUUGCCCUCUGAGUCAUGCCCAGCCCCAUUAUCUGCAGCAGGGCCAAUCAGAGAGCUGCUCUGACCCUGACUCCACAUCCUUUGACCCAGAGGGUGUGGAUUAUUCCAACCAACCUGUGCAGCGUGUGUUGGAGGGGAACCACUGCCCCUGCUGCUACCAGAGACCAGAGCAGCAGUACGACUUGUGGGAAAACCCGGCACACAGUGUCAGAAAGCCUCCCAUCCCUCCUCCACAUACAUCCAGCCACACCCACGCUAUGGUUAGGCAUACACACUCUUCUAGCUCUUCCUCAUCAUGUAAUUCCAGGAGGGUGGUGCGCUGUCGAGCACGAAUCUCCAACUGCGGAGGAAAUUCAGAGCAGGGCCAACUGGUCCAGGAGGAGAUGUUUGUGUCAGAGCAGGUUGAGCGCAGAGUAGAGGUGGAGCAGGAUGGAGACACACAUGUAGAGGUGUGCACGGUGAACCGAUGCUGCAGCCGCAGUGAAGUGGUUGCCAUGGAGAGCAACUUACCACCACUUGGCAGGAAGUCGGUAGAGGAUGAGCUAAAGCUGGAGGAAGACAGUGAACGUCCACUGUCUGCAAUCAGCAGCUCCUCACAUAUCCUGCAAUCGCUGAAAGAGGAUCAGGAUGAUGACCUGCCACCCAGUGCCUCACGCUGCUGUCAUAGCAACGAACCAUCCCCAUCCCCAACUUCACAGAGUCACCUGAGUGACAAACCAACAAGCAAUGUCUUGGCCAGUUCCGUUCACGCUACUGAGGAGCAUGAGGAGGAAGAAGAAAGAGGAAGCAGAGCAGUAUCUGCAGCCUCCUCCUGUCACUGUGGAGCAGCUACCCCACAUUCAAAAGCAGAAGCAGAGGAGACAGAUCGAGCUCCCAGCUCCAGGUCCAAAAUGAGCAGGGCGUCUUGCAGGUCCAACAAAGCUAAGACCCCAAACUCAGAGGAGGAGGGGGCUGCAGAUGACGAGAAUGAAGAGAUAAAGAGGGUUGUUAGUGGUUUGUCUGGUCACACAGGGCUUUCUCUGCAGUCAAGGGCGUCUAGUGUAUGUCCUCAUUGUGGCGGCUGCAGACGUGCAGUCAACUCUGAUGCCAAUAGCAGAGCAUCACAGAGGUCCCAUGAUUCUCAUCAAGCCUCUCCAAAGCCCGCCACACCUCUCUCCAGUCAAGAGAUUGCCAAUAACGACAGUGAGGACAAUGAAUCUGAAGAUUCAGCUGUGUCAACACAAUCCAACAAGACCAACCUCACCAACUACGGGCGCUGCUCUGUGAUAUCAAACGUACUGGAGGGCAGAGCAUCUAGUGUCAUGUCCAGAGCAUCCAAUCCUGAAACAGAACAAAAAGAGGAAGAAAGGGCUCCUAGUGCAACUUCAGUCACAAGCCACAGGUCCAUUAGAUCACACAAGUCUGGCUGUAAUGGCAGCACUUGUGUUGCAGCAGAAAAAGAGGAGGAGAGAAGCCCCAGUGCCAUGUCAGCUCAGUCCAAUGUGUCUGCCAAGUCCAGUAAGUCUGACAAGUCCAACUGCAGCUGCACAGCUGACAUAAAGACAAGAGAGGAAGCAGAGGGAGAGAACUCUGUAGUGAGAGCACAUAGCUCAUUGUCAGCCAAAUCUGGUGCUUCAGCUAAGACCAGUGCUUCAGUCAAAAUAAGAACUAAGGUUGCCUCCCCAACUGAUGAUACAGCUGUGGAAGAGGAAGACAGAAACAAAAGAACUCCCACUUCCCUUUCUGUCAAGUCUGGCAAGACAGAAAGACCUGAUAGCGCCCAGUCUGCUAAAUCAGCCAAAUCAGAUGUGUCAGCAAAGUCUGCCACAUCUCACAGGUCCACUUGCAGUCAUUGUGCAAGAGCAGUAUCUCCAGCUGAUGAACCUGCAAUCGAAGCAACAGGACAGGAAGAAGGAGUGGAGGAAGAGGAAAGAGCAGCCAGUGCCAUGUCAGCCAGGUCCAAUCUCUCUGCCAAGUCAAAUAAAUCCCAUAAGUCCACCAAAGCUUCGGAAAGGUCACUUUCUCCCAGGUCAGGAACUGGAGGAGAUGGAAAAGAAAGGGCAGCGAGUCAAGUGUCUGGCAGAUCAGUCAAGUCAAACAUGUCUGUAAAGUCUUCAAAGUCAUGCAAGUCUAACAACAGUGGCAAUGAAAUUGCAGCAUCUCCAAGCUCCGAGGAGAAAGAAAAUGAGAAGGCAGAGGAGGAACUGCAGAGGCCAGAAAGUGUAAAAUCUGCUAAAUCAGCCACCUCCGCAAAGUCUCAAAGUUCAAGCGUGGCUUCUCCAGCCAAAGACACAGCAAAGACAGAGGUGGACACAGAGGACAGAACCCCCAGCGCCAUGUCAGGGAAAUCGCACGCCUCUGCAAAGUCCUCCAAGUCCCAGAAGUCAAACCACACUGCAGCAUCUUCAAAUCCAAAUGAAGGUGAUAUUCCUUCUAUUGAGACAAAUGGAGAAGAGAAGCAAGAUGAAAAUCAAGAGCGGGUGUCUAGUGCUAUGUCUGUAAAGUCAAAAUCUUCAGUGAGGUCUGGUACUUCUCACAAGUCUAGUAAAAGUCUCAAACCUGUGUCACCAAAUCCAAAUGUUGUCACCAUUAAAACACCAGAAGGGGUCACCGAGGAAGAAAAUAACAUAGCAGAGAGAGUGCCGAGCGUUGCAUCGGCUAAAUCAGGGAAAUCUAAUGUUUCGACCAUAUCGCAUAAGUCCAAUCAUAAUGGAACAGCUGAUAUUGCUGUUAUUGAAACAGCAGAUGAAAAUGUUGUGGAAGACAAUGCACCAAGGAGUAAAUCUCAUGGCCAAACGCUCUCACCCAGGAGGACAUGUUCCCCACGGACCCACUCACCCAAAUCUGCAACCUCCAGUAGCCCUCAAUCCCCUGUGCAACAGCUGUUGCCUGCAGAGACAAGAGGGCCCAGUGCCUUGUCAGUUCACUCUAAAACCUCUGCAAAAUCUGGAAAAUCCAAAUGUCGCUGUGGAGCAGCAUCGGCACUUGAAAAGGCAAAUAAGGAAAAGGAGGGGGAGAAAAAGGAAGAUGAGGAGCUGAAGAGUGAGGUGGCCUCUGAGCGGGCUGCCAGCAUCCUGUCGUCCUCAACCAAAAGGCAGAGGAAAGAAUCAGGGGGCACAGAGCAACCUCUGAGUCGAAACUCAUCAGGGUCAGUCUCUCUUGGGUUGCCAGAAGACCAAGAAACAGCAGACUCAGACAGCGGCAAGUCCAAUUUUUCUUUUCACACAAACAAUGAGAGAAAGGAAGAGAAGAAGAGAGCAACAGAGCAGUCCACCAUGGAGGAAGAAAGGGAGGAAACGGUAUCUAUCAUGUCCCACAAGUCCAACAAUAAAAGCACUUUGUCUAACAAUCAUCCAGCAGUUGAGAUCCCUAUUAUUGAAACACCAGGAGGAAAUGAUGAUAAACAAAAUAGAGAGCAAAAAUCAGAAAGAGGAUCCACUGCAUUUUCAGCCAAAAGCAGCAGGUCUCACAAGUCCUGCUGUAAGUGUGGUGUCAAAGCAGCAGCUCAAAUGCUUGACAGUAAGCCUCCGAGUGCCAGCCCAACUAGGGCAGAAAAUGACCCUGAAACAGGAAGUGUCAAGUCUGCUUCAACAACAAAAGCUAGCAAUAUGGAUGUUCCAGACAACAGGGCGUCCUCUGCAAUGUCAGCAGCAAGUGCUAAAGUUCGGAGCAAAUCCCCUGAAAGUGCCAUCACUAAAAAUGCCACUGCAGCUGGAGAUUCAGGAGAUAAUGACACUGAAAAUCAGGCUGUCAGUAGACCAGCCAGUAAGGCAGAAGGGAAAGAAGAUAUCGCAUACAACAAGGUAACCAGUGUCCACUCCAAGAGUCCUUGUUGCCUCAAGCCCGAGUCGGCAGCUUCGACUCACUCAGGCUCAAAAAUAAAAGCCUCAAAAGGUGAGGAUUCAGUCAAAGAUCACAAGGCCAAAUCCAGUGGCAGUGGCAAAACAUCUGAUUCUCAAAAGAAAAACGUCAAAUCCUCAAGCCCCUGUCCUUUACACAACUCCAGACCAGGCAGCAAAGUGGAGUCGUGUAGUGAGAGCUCUCUGUCUCACUCUCUGUCCGCUGCUGACAUGCUGAAGGAAACCAUGGCUGCUGCUCGGCCACACAGCCGACAUUCGAAGGCCAGUAAAACCAGUGAGAAGUCUGCAAGUAAUAAGUGUCAGAGGAGCAAGAACCAGAUGGAUCAGGAGGAACUGGAGCUGUCACCUGGCUGUCUGCCCAAUGCUUCCCCCAACGAGAUUGUCAGCGACUGGCUGCGGAGCAUUCCCCCUAACAGCAGCAUGCUCACACUUGGUGAUGAACUGAAUGAGGAGGAGGAGCAAGAGAAGGUGGUGGAAGAGAAACCUGGAGAGGAGGCAGCAAAGGAUGAGGAGAGUCCAGAGGAUGAGAAAGUAAGUGAGGAGGAGAAAGUUGAGGCUGAAGAGGAGGAGGAGAAAAAGGAAGAAGCUGAAUGUGAUGCAGGAGAGGUGGAGAGGAGUCCAGAUCUGGCUCUAGGUGACACAGCGGGGACUCGCUCCAACAACCUGCUGGUGAGCGGUGACUCUCUGCCCAGGAGCUUGAAUUGUUCAGCCGCAGUGAUGAAAGUUCUUCUGAGCUCCUCUCUGGGUCGAUGUCAGAGUAUGCCUGAGGUGUCUCCAGUUUAUGGUCGUAGACUGAGCAACUCAGCCUGGGGACUCUUGGACUGUUUAGCCCAGCUCCAGCUCAUUGAGCCUACAGUAAGUCCUGGCUGUGACCAACAGAAGGACCGCAACCAGCAGUAUGAGGACAUCAUGGCCAUCCUUCAGUCCCUCUGGCUCACUGAACCCAGGAACACUGAGGCCAAGGAAGACAAGGACGUCGGCAAAGAGCAGGUGACUCCACCGAGGUCCUCAUCCGGGGUGGGGAUGAGCAGUGGCUCUGGAGGAUCAGGGAAGGAGAAUGGAAAUCAAGGUGGAGAUGAAGCAAAGCAAAACAAAACAACCUCUGUACAUGAGGAUGAGGGAGUGGAGAAAGUUGGAGAAGAGGAGGAGAAGGAGGGAGAUGCAGAAGCAGAACUCAAGGAAACUGAGGUAGAAGCAGAGGAGACAAGCACAGCAGAGGAACCGGUACAGAGUGAAGAUCAAAGUAUGGUCCCUCCAAGUCUGGACAGUCCAAAAGCCACCGAGAAUCCCUCAUCAUCAGAAAAGAGCUCUGUUAAUGACAGCUCCAAAUCCCCCACUGAUAACGAAGGAGAGACAGUGGAGGACUCCAGCUCAGCCACGCCCCCGACUGUCCUGCGAGCACCCUUGUCAAAAAGACAAUCCCAAGACCCUGAUCCAGUGUGGGUCCUGCACCUUCUGAAGAAGCUGGAGAAACAGUUCAUGAACCACUACAUAACUGCCAUGGCGGAGUUCAAAGUUCGCUGGGACCUUGACGACAGCCUCAUCCUGGAUACAAUGAUCAGUGAGCUGAGGGACGAGGUGAGCCGACGCAUCCAGAGCAGCAUCGAGCGUGAGGUCAGGAAGAUUCAGGGUCGUGCCGGCAGAGGGGAGAGGACACCCCGGCCGCCGCAAAGAGGAAACCUCUCUAGGGACUCCACCAUGACAGAGAGGAGGCGUCGAAUAUUGAAGGUCAUGAAGAACCAGUCAGUAAAAACUGGUGAAGACCUAAGUGAUGGAGAGCUGACAGGUGAGUUCAGCGACCAGCGAAGCGAUGACGAGUACUGUCCCUGUGAUGCUUGUGUUCGCAAGAAAAUGGCCACCCGGCCUCUCAACGCCAACCCGCUGGCAGCGACAGCACCAGUGAUGAUGGAGUUUGACCUCCUUAAGAUACUGCAGCUGAAGAAAAGCCCAUCGCCUACAGCUAUGCCACUAGCUGCAGGGGUGGAAGAUGUUAGUGAGGCCACAGUAGAGGAGUCAAGAAAUUUAGAGGUUUUGCAGGAGGAGGAGGAGGAGGAGGAGGACGAAACUAAAGAGGAUAUCAAAGCUGAUGUUUUAGAGGAGACUAUGCCAGAGGAAGAGGAAGAGGAGGAAACUAAAGAGGAUAUCAAAGCUGAAGUUGUUUUAGAGGAGACAAUAUCAGAAGAAGAGGAAGAGGAGGAAACUAAAGAGGAUAUCAAAGCUGAAGUUGUUUUAGAGGAGACAAUCCCAGAGGAAGAUGAGGAAGUAGGGAAAGAAGAAGAUGGGGGUGAGGCAGGGGAAAAGGAGGUGGAAGAAGCUGAAAAGGAGGAAAAUGAGGAAAGUAGUGCAGGUGGUGAGGAGCAGGAAGAGGAAGACACAGGUGGUGAGGAAGCUGGGGAAGAGGAGACAUCUGAAAAUGGAGAGGAGGAGGAAGUGGAGGGAGAAUGUCAAUGCCACUGUGACGGCAAUGAAGGGGAGAGCGACAAAGCAGAUGAGGGAGAGGAGGAAACAGCAGAAGGAGAGGAUGCUGAGGAAACAUGUGACAACACAGGUGAAGAUGAGACAGGAGAUGAUGAAGAGAAAGCAGGGGAGGAAGAGGGGGAGAACGCAGAGGAUGAAGAAGAGACAGGAACCGGGGAAGAGGAGGAGGAGGAGGAGAGUGACAAGGAGACAGUAAAAGAGGCAACAGCAGGUGAAGGAGAGACCACUGAAAAUGGCGAGGGUGAGGAGGAGGAGGAGGCAGAGGCAAAAGAGUGCGAGGUGUCUGAAUUUAAGGAAGAAGAAACAACAGGCAAGGAAAGCGGAGAAGAAGAAGAAGAAGAAGAAGAAGAAGAGGCAUCUGGGGAAAUGGAGAAUGACAGCCCUGCACAAAAUGAAGAAUCCACUCUGGUGGAGGACUUUGUGGAGGGAAACGUCAGCGCUUCGGCAGAGGCGGAAGAUGAAGAUGACGGGGAUGAUGCUGCUGAAGGGGAGUCACAUGAAGAUGAAAAGAAAGGAGAGAGUGAAGAGCAGGGAGGGGCGGCAUCAGAGGAGGAGAAAACCUCAUCACAGGGCCAGGGGGUGACUGUGACCGAGGGAGAAGAGGCCGAUGCCGAAGACUCCGACACCGACAGCAAACGUCCGAGCAACACCAGUGCGGACGAAUCGGGACGCGAGGGGACUGCAGCCACAGGAGAAGAGGAGGAGAAAGAGGGCGGAGGAGAGGAAGAUGCUGUUGAAGAGUUCAAGCCUGAGGAAGAGGAGGAGGUGAACAAAAAGGAGGAUGGCGCUCUCCUCCAUCAGAUCACCAGGACCUCUGUGGAGUCCCAGCCCGGCUCCAUGGAGGACAUUGACACAGAUCCACUUCAUAACCCUGUGAACUCCAUAGAAGUGCCCAAAAUGGCUGCCGGUGGAUCCACCGGUGGCGGUACAGGCCAGAGGAGGAGCCGCUCGCCGGGCAGGGUCAAACGCCGCAAACCCAAAGAGAGCGACGUCGAACUGGAUGACUUUUAACUCACAUGGAAACCAGACUUAAGGUCACAGAAGACUCCCAGUUAUGUAGGGUAAAAACUGCAACCAAAAACAAAGACUCAAACACUUGAAGCACUUUAUCACCCCAGAUCCGGUGUAGAAUCUUGAAACUUGAAGCCACCACCAUAUCCUAUUUAAUUAUGUGAAUUAUAUUUGUAUAUUUUUUAAGUUAACUGUAUGUACAAAGGGAUAUGUCUAUUUCUGUAUUGUAUGUGUAUGAAUAAGGUAUAUUUUUGAAAAAUUUUGACACCCAUGGGUGUGUUAUAUAAAGUCGGUUUUGUGUUCAGUGGACCACAGGUUUAAUGAUGUAUUCAAUCAUAUAGCCAUUAAUUAAGGGAGUCCAUUUCUGCCAGUGAUGAAGAAAAGAUCCUGUUAAGUCAUUACAAAAAUGAAUUUAUAUCUUUAUUAUCCUUUUUUCAAAACAUUUCUUCUUAUUUUAAGAUACUUACUCAUUAUUUUGGUUACGUUCCUCAGUGUUUUCGAGAUACAGAGUCAUUAUUUUAAGGACGUUUCUCAUUAUUUUGAGACACUAACUCGUCAUUUUGAGGAAGUUUCUUAUUAAAAUGGAUUAACAGAAUUUUUUUCCAUCACUCUAGCAGAAACGGGCGUCCAUGGCUAAUAUACCAAGUACCUCGACAUGUUAGACAUUAAAUGCCUGUUUCAGUCGUAUGUAUUUUUGACUUGUCCCAUUACAUCUGUAUACUCAGGGGUGUGGAAGGUCAUCGCCUAGCUAUUACUUAACUACCUGCUUUAAUCUAUAGUCUGUAAAGAAGCCUGCUGUUUAAACCUACUAAAGCUCUGUGGUGUAAUCUGAUUACCUUGGAGGAAUUGUUUCAUAUUUUGGGAUUGAUUCACUUUCUUGCAGAGAGUGAGAUGAGAGGAUCAAUACUACUCUCAUGUCUGUAUUCUAAAUAUCAAGCUGCUGAGCACAGAAGCAGGGGGAACAGUUCGCUUGGCCCUGUCACAGUGUUAUACGAUACUUUAAAGUGACAUUUGGAUUACUUUCCACUCAGAAACAGACAGAGAAGACUGUAUUUUAAUAGCUUUAUUGUAAAAUGUUUGAGUUUUCUCUUGAUGUCUAAACUUGAGCAACUGUACCUCAUUUUAUUUAUGUAGUCCAAUUGAUGUUGUCAUUUACUCUACAUGCAUUUCUUUCCCAAGAUCUCAGUCACAAACUUCCACGACGAAGCAUAUCUGAGGCAAACAUCUGAAUAUCAGGGUUGACGUAAACCUUAGCUGCUUAAAUUUCAGUGAUACAUGCUGUAGACUCAGGUGGGGUUUGCCUAACCAGCCGUGUGGACCAACAAGCGUGAAGCAUGUUACUGAUGCCUUACUGUAUCCAUGGUUAUAAGAAGGUAGAUUGACAGAAACAGAUGGGAGAUCACGGUUAGGUGGCUAUCUUUUGUUUCCUGACAUCCUCUCUGUCUGUUAGUGGCUCUCCACUUGAAUCAGGGAGCCUGUUAAAGAGGCUGGAAUGAAUCAGCUGCUAUUUAAAAUGCUGGAAAACAGACUCUUUAAGACCCCUAAGGAGUGUUUCCUCUUGUUUAACCCAAGCUGAAUGAGCUGAGCUUACUCCCUAACUGUAUUUUAGAGCAGGACAGUGUGAACGGGGGAAAACGUGUUUCUUUUAUUGCUUAGUUUGACGAAAUCCUUCUGUUUGUGGUACCAAGAGGGUGUGUGUGUGUGUGCCUAUGCUGUUAUUGCUCUGUGUGGCUGUCCAUCACUCAGUGACAAGCAAACAUCAUGUACCUAGAGCAAAUGAAUGUGUGAUUAUAAUGUUGAUAUAAAUAAAAUAAACGCACAGGAUUCUCAUGUUG